AUGGCAGAUAUUGAUGAUGGUACAUCUGCACCAGCCGAACCCCUUGAUCUGGCGUAUGAUAGUCAUUGCAAUUUGGUAUUGGGUGAUGUGGUAGAGACCAUAUAUGUUGUGGAGGAGGGUGAAGAAGAUGAUGAAGAGGAAAUCAUAAAGACCGUUGUUAAAAAAUCCGAAAUGUUGUUUGUUAGAGGCGACAGUGUUAUACUUAUUUCACCCAGAUCUUCAUAA